AUUUCUAUAAUUUUUAGUAAUUACAUGUUUUGACCUUUUCAUUCCGUAACUCUCUCCUGUUUCUCUCUCCUCCCUUUAAUGGUGUGUUUAGAUGCAGAGCAUGUAGCUCCCUUAUCUACCUGCAUACAACCCAGAUUUUUCUACCCCCUUCAAUAGCUUAGAAAACCCAAAUAAAUCUACCCAUCGCUGCCUUCAAACUCACCAUUGUUAUUUCUGAUAUCUGCCUUCAAACUCAUAGCAAGUUAUUUAUCAUUAAUAUUUGCUGGUUUUUUUUUUUUUGCUUUUUUGUUCUUUCACCGGAUACAAGAUUUUUGAACGUAGAGAGAGAGUCCAGCAAGAACCUAUAUAAUACCUUUGAGAAAUUAGCCCUCAAUUACGAGAUACCCAAUAAUUCAAACCAAGAAAAUCUUAUCUUAUUUGAAGAUUGAUUUUUAUAUUCCUUCACUCAACAACUUGGGAAAAGUCUCCUACUAAUCCGAUUUUGUAGUAUCCUUUUCAAAUUUGAUUUCUACAACAUACACACUUAUCACUCUAUAAUCUAGUUUCCUUCUUAGUACAACCUCCCUAGGAACGUCCAAAACUACCAGAUAGAUUCUAAUCAAUUUCCAUCCUACUGAAACUCUGUCUCCUCGUACACUAGUUAUAUAUAACACCCACAGGCCACUAUCUCUAUGUUUCUCAGUGUGUGUGGUGUGGAGUGUGAAUGCAUUUGGUGGUACUGCUAUUUGUGAAAGUUGAGUUCUAAUCUUCCAUUCGCAGUGGGCAUCAUCAUUGGAAGGGUUAGUUGGACUUUAGGUAUGAUGUAAUUGAUAUUAUUUUUAAGAAGACUUGUAUUAAGACUUGUAUUUUUUGUAUUGAGAAUAUGUCUUUUUUGCAUUGAGAAGGUGAACUCCUCUUUUUAGCUAGUCGAGUCUCUCUUGAUUGUGUAUAUUUAAUUUCUAGUAUAAGCAUAGAACCUAUUAACUAAACUAGUUAAGGAUAGAGGUAGAAUACAAACAGAGGAUAGGUCAUAAUUUCUCUCAGGUCUAAACUAGUAACUAAACUAGUACUAUUUUUUUUUUGUACAAUAUUGCCUUCUCCAAUCUUGGCGCAUUAGCAUUUCAUAAUUGCCUAAAAAUGAUGAUAUAAUGGAAUAUGCAGUCAUUAGAUUACAAUAUCAUAUGAAAUAUAGAGAUCCUAUUGGUUGCGAGCAAGUACAAGUAUGAAAUAUAUUCAUGUCAAACAUGCUCAUUUCAACUCAUGAAUAAAGAAUCCAAUCAAUGGUGAGGUAUCAGUACCAAAAAUACAUAGAAAAAAAAAAUAGCAGCACAAUAAUCACUCAGGUAAAUAAUUACCUGAAGCAGUGAACAAAGCAGUGAAAAAAAAAAUGGAAGUCAUUUUAGUUGAGGAUGAUUCACAUUCUACAAGAAGCAGUGAACAAAGCAUGUCAAAUCAACUUUUUAUGUUGUUGUAAUGUGAAAUUUAAUUGGACAAUUAAUUAUGAUGAUUCUACUCGAGGGAUCUAAUAAUAUAGAUUAAAACCUUUUGUUUCAAUCACGCCUAGCAAGACAUUAAUAGAGGUGCUCAGGAAACAUGAGUGCUUGUGGAUUUUUUAUUAUAGUUGACUGUUGAGUUUCCUAUGCAUUACUUAAAUUCUCACUUGUCAGCUCAUUGUUUUGUACUUCCAUGUCUUUCUAGUUCUUCAAUUUCUUCAAUAGUUUAUUUUAAUAAAUGUUGGGUUUCCUUUGCAAUUAGGUUUGAUUUAUUUUCUAUUACGAUUAUGUAAAGAUUAAAACCUUUGUUGUAUCAAAUUUGUAAACUUACUUCUAUACUUUUCAGCAUAUAACAAAUAUGUCUAACAAAAAUCAAAAUAAUGUUGCUGCUGCUACACAAAUGCAAGAUAGUCAGACAACCAGAUUAAUUUGGACAGAUAAAAUGCUAGAGGAUUAUAUAGACAUAUGCGUUAGUGAGAUUUAUGCUGGUAACCGUCCAGGGACCCAUUUUAAUAAGGUGGGGUGGAAAAAUGUGGUUAAUAAGUUUAGCGAGAAAGUUGGUAAAGAAUUUAACUACAAACAACUUAAGAACAAGUAGGAUAGUUUAAAAAAGGAUUGGAACAUUUGGAUGAAAUUAGUUGGAAAAGAAACUGGCCUUGGAUGGGAUCCGGUGAAGAAGAUAGUUGAUGCUACAGAUGAGUGGUGGGCAAAAAAAUUACAGGAAAUUUCAGAAGCAGCUAAGUUUCGGAAUGCAGACAUGGAGAAUAAUGGUCACGAUACUGAACAUUGCAUAAGCGAUGCUGAUAAUGGUGAAGAAGAAAAAGAGGAUGAUAUUGACUUUGUGAUAGCAUUAAAAUUAAUGGUGGCUUCUAAAUAUUACACAACAUAUAUGGUAAAGGAACCUUGUAGGACCUCUCUACAUAUAGGUCAUAAGUUUGUUAUGGAGAUUCUAAAUGGUCAUCAUGAUAGAUGUCAUCAACAAUUUAGGAUGGAAAAAUAUAUAUUUCAUGCUUUAUGCAAAGAGUUGAAUGAAAGAUAUAACUUAACUGGUACUCAAAACAUAACUAUCGAAGAAAUGGUAGGAAUUUUCUUGAUUACAUUAGGUCAUGGGUUUGGGAAUAGAAUGGCACAAGAAAGAUUUCAACAUUCAGGAGAGACUAUUAGUAGGCAUUUUAAUAAUGUAUUAAUGUCUAUUUCACGAAUGACGGUUGACAUUAUCAACCCCACUGAUAGGGAAUUUAAGGAUAUUCCAAAAAAAAUUCGUGAAGAUGAGAGAUAUUGGCCAUACUUUAAAGAUUGUAUUGGAGCUAUUGAUAAAACCCACGUGCCAGUUAUUAUUUCUCCAACAAAACAAAUUCCAUUUAUUGGUAGAAAAGGCAUAACUACUCAGAAUGUCAUGGCAGUUUGUGAUUUUGAUAUGCGUUUCACUUUUGUUUGGGCUGGAUGGGAAGGGAUAGCUCAUGAUACACAUUUUUAUGGAAGCUAUUCGAAAAGAAGAAUUGAGCUUUCCACAUCCACCUAGAGGUAAAUAUUACUUGGUAGAUGCUGGAUAUCCUCAUAUGAAUAAAUACAUGGGGCCAUACAGAAGGGAACGAUAUCAUCUACCAGAUUUUUGCCGUGGUCCUCGACCAAUGGGUAUGCGUGAAAUAUUUAAUCAUGCACAUUCAUCGCUCAGAUGCACUAUCGAGAGAACAUUUGGAGUUUGAAAAAAUAGAUGGAAGAUAUUGGAUCAUAUGCCAAAUUUUCCUUAUGAUAAGCAAGUUAAAAUUGUUGUGGCGUCUAUGGUUAUUCAUAAUUUUAUUAGAACUCAUGUAUUAAAAGAUCUUGAGUUCAAGCCAUACGAUGAGGAUGAGGAUUAUCUACCUCCUGGAAGCAUGCAGGAUGAAGAAGUAGAAGAUUACUCAAGUAUGCAACAAUCAGAGAUAUCCAGUGAAAAUGUUAUGAAUAUUGAGCGUGAUUAUAUUGCUCUUUAACUUAUGCAACAUUGAAGAGAUUUUUUUUCCAUUAUAAUUACUAAAACACCUAUUAGACUAUUUUCAUUGUUAUU